AUGCAGGGGGAUCCGAAGCUUGCUGCUGCAGCAGCAGCAGCAGCAGGCGCACCUGCUGCAGCAACACCUGCUGCUGCAGCACUACCCGCAGCAACAGCAGCAACACCAGUUGCUGCUUCUGCUGCACAGCCGAUGAUGUCAGCUGCAGCAGCAGCAGCAGCAGCAGCAGCAGCACCUGCUGCAGCAGCAGGGCCCCUCGCAGCAGCAGGGGCCCCCGUACUAGCAGCAGCAGCACCCAUCCAAAUGGGGGCUCCACCAGUUGCAGCAGCAGCACCACCUGCAGCAGCAGCAGCAGCAGCAGCAGGUGCAGCAGCACCAGCAGCAGCAGCAGCAGCAAUGCCGCCUGCAUUCUCACCGAUGGAAGUUUCUGCUGCAGCACAGGAUGCUAUUCCCAGCAGCAGCAGCAACACUGCAGCACUUCGUGCUGAACAUAGAUCGCUUCUGCGAGAAGCCAAGCAGCAGCAGCAGCAGCAGCAGCAGCAGCAGCAGCGGGAGCAGCAGCAGCCUUAG